AUGUCAUCAAGUUCUGAAUACGAUUCAGAAUCUUCAUCAUCAGAGGAAGAAUUGCAAAAGCCAAUUUUUAUAUCAAAGAAAAAUAAAAACAAGACUCAAAAUGAGAUACUAAAGGGAGAAGAUGUAGUUGUUACAAAACGUGACAUUACUAUGCAAAAGAUUGAACAAAAUAUCAAGACACAAGAAGAUAUAUACGAUGAAAAUGAUGAUUUUGACGGGAUUGACGACACAGAUGACGUAGAUGUAGAAGCAGAGUAUCUUGCGUGGAAGGAGCGCGAGAAACAACGACGUAUAGAAGAGAGAAUAAGAUUGAAAGAAGUUGAAGAUGAGAAAAAUGAAAGAGUAAGACGCGCAAUAAAUGAAGAACAAAUUGAUGAGAAACCAAUUCAAUUGGAACAACUGAAAAAAUUGGGGGCAUUUUUCCAAGGAGAAGAUACGGAAAAGUUUCUUAAACGAGAUUAUUCCAAGAUUGAGGACUCUACUGAUCAUUCAAGACCAACCAGGUUUAAAAAGUAA